AUGAGUUCGAUGCUGAAGAAAGGCGCGGGCGCCUUCAAGCCCAAGGCGCCGAUUGCGAGAAGACGACCUGCCCCAGCCGCGCCUGCACCUGUCACUGCUACGGAACCACAGAAAGAGCCACCGUCAGUCGAGGAGACUGCCCCUGAUACCACCCGUGACGCCGCGAGCUCGUCUACCGCUGUCGAGUCGAGACUCGAGAGACACCAAGCCAACCCACCUUACCGAACGCUCCGCCCGUGGAGCCCUGAAGCCAGACGCGUCGCAACCGCGACGAAGGGUCUUGCGGUAGCUGAGCCGCAGGUUUCUGCUAUCCCCACCACCGUGGAAGCUACGCGCCCCGCCCCAAACGACGCGUCCCACUCAGAACCUUUGGCUCAGGCAGCGGCGACUACCACAGCCCUCCCGGGGCAGACCGAGGAUGGAUCUGCUCCUACACAAGACCCGUCAGACGCCCCGAGGCCCACUUCUGCGCAAGGAGACGCGGCGGCGGCGGCGGCGAGGACCAAGACGACCUCGCGCAAAGGAGGCCCUUCCGCGCUCAAACCAGCUCGGUCCACACCUGCGAAGAAGGCUAAAUCCACCGCCGAGCUCACCGUGCCGUCUCCCGCCCCCACUCCAGAGGUUGCGUCGACACCUUCUGCAAGUACCUCAGCGGCACCAUCACUUGACAACGGUGAGGGAUCCUCAACGACGUCCACAGCCAAGACUAGGAAACCAGCCGCAAGGCAACCCAGGAAGCGAAAGGCACCUACGGUAACAGCGGAGAGCGAGGCGGAUGCUGGCACAGAGACCGCAGGGCCACCUAAGAAGAAGAGGGCGCCACGAAAAAAGAAAACUGCUGCGAAUGGCGAAGAAAGCGCAACCCAGGCAAGGGGUGCUGGGAAUGAUGAGGCUGUGGUACCCAAGAAGCGAGCGCCAAGAAAAAAGAAGACGACAGCCCCAGCUGGCAACGAUGAGGGUGGAGGGGAAGCUAAUGGGGUGACCCCCGCGGAGACUGAAGGCGAAGAAACGGAGAGGACCAAGAAGGCCCGACGAAAGCGAUCCGUGACGCCCGAGGAUGCAGAGCAGCAAAAGGUCGAUCAUGAGCAGAUGGUCAUGAGCGAGCUGACGAGGGACCUGAGGAUUGGCGCCAAAUUCAGCAAGUACGAUGAGCUGCGCGAGAGGAUCCGCAAGAAGCGCGCACGCCAGCGACUCAUCAAGCUGGGAAAACUCCAGCCAGGCGAGGAGAUGCCGGACGAGCACACGUCCGAGUCCGGGACGCCGGCCCCGGACGCCGCCAAGAAGCCCGCGCAGGCGCCACCGCGGCUAAUUGUGGAGGAGGCACCGGCCGACUCGGUCCCACAGCUCGAGAUCGUGGACGGGCACAUCCGGAUCAACGAGGCCUCUAUGCAGUACGACCGGCACGCGGCGGCGGACCAGGCGCGCGGCGUGGUGUUCGAGCAGGAGGAGGACGACUUCACGACCCCCGUGACGCAGCGGACGUACAUGAGGCGGCAGCCGCAGGGCAACUUCUGGACCGACGCGGAGACGAUCAAGUUCUACCACGGGCUGCGCAUGUUCGGCACCGACUUCAACAUGAUCUCCAAGAUGUUCGGCGGUGCCAAGAACCGCCGGCAGGUCAAGCUCAAGUUCAACCGCGAGGAGCGGGCCAACCCCGUCGCCGUCAACAGGUGCAUCAUCGGCGAGAAGGACGUCCCCAUGGACCUCGAGGCCGUCGACGGCGCCGACGCCCUCGAGGACUCCCAGGCCAUCACCGACGAGCUCGCCCGCCUCAAGGCCGAGCAGGAGGCCGAGACCAGGAGGCAGGAGGAGGAGGAGGCCGCCACCAACCGCCGCAAGAAGGACGAGCUCUUUGGCAGGAGGAAGGGCGACAAGGUCCCGCCGCGCGACCACGACGCGCACGACGGCGGCCUCGCGGGCGACCCGUUCGGCGGUGCCGCCAAACACGACAACCACCCCGGCGGCGCGGACCUCAACCCCGGCGCCCAGUACGGGGUCGGCACCGACCCGGACGUCAUCGACGAGACGGACCUGCCCUCUGCGACGACCGCGCGAGGCAGGACGCGCGGCGGAGGCAGAGCCCGCAAGGCGCCCCAGACGUUUGCGGGCGGCAUCGGUGGCUGA